AUGGCUGGAAACCUAGUGGUGAAUGCCCUCGUGGCAUCACUGUGUGUCUUUUCGGGCGCCAAUGCCUGGCCUUUUGGGAAAAGACAAGCUCUUACCAUCGACGACAUCCAGAAGCAGGCUCUAGCCAACUCUCUGAGAGCCCUUGAAGGUACCUUAUCGGAUGGUAUGACUCGUAGCGCUGGCUGCACCAAGGACACUGUUGCUAUCAGGAAAGAAUAUGGGGACUUGACGAAAGAUGAGAGGAAAGAAUACAUUCGAGCAGUCAAGUGCAUAAUGUCGAAACCAAGCAAGCUACCUGCUGGGAAGUAUCCGGGAGCCAAAAACCGAUAUGACGAUUUCGUCGUUGUGCAUAUGAAUAUGACUCCAUCGGUGCACAGCACUGCGAAUUUCCUGCACUGGCAUCGGUACUACAUUUGGGCCUACGAAACAGCACUGCGCACUGAGUGCGACUACAAGGGCUACCAACCGUACUGGAAUUGGGGAAAGUACGCUGACCUCACGACCUCUCCCAUCUUCAACGGGGAUGAGUGGAGUAUGGGUGGUAAUGGAGAAGCCGUCCAGCAUGGCCGCGGCAUGAUGAACAUUCCUCCUGGCCCUGGUGGCGGUUGCGUCAAGACUGGACCAUUCGCUGGCCACAACAUCACACUCGGCCCCUUGAUGCCAACCAUGGACCCCGCUCUCCGCAUCCCCAACAACCCAUCGCGUGACGGCUACGGCAACAACCCCCGCUGCCUCCGCCGCGACGUCAACAACUACUAUACGCAAAGCGUCCUCCGGCCCGCCGAACUGGCAGCGCAUAUCACCAGCAACACCGCCCUCGGCAAAUUUCAGGACACGCUGCAGAACGACACUCCUCAGAAGUCAGCGAUUCACGGCGCAGGCCACUUUUCCAUCUGGGGCGACCCUGGAGGUGACGUGUAUGUUAGCCCUGGCGAGCCUGUCUUCUGGCUUCACCACGGCCAGGUCGAUAGGCACUGGUGGAUGUGGCAGAGCUACCAGGAGAGCCAGAUGAAGACCAGGAUAAACUCCUAUGAAGGUGGAACCAACUGGAUGAACCCGAACAGCGCUCGCGGUAAGCCCACGGACAAGCAGUGGCUGGAUGUCACCGCACCGGCGGGCAAGGACGGUAUUCCGAGCAACCAGUUGUUCUCAACCACCGCCGGGCCUUUCUGCUAUGUCUACCAGUAGUUUUGCUCACACUGCGCUGACCUUCAGGAGGGCAAGUCUCGUCUGAAGGUCAACCCGAUCUGCUCUGAUUCUUGAAAAUUGCAUAUCUCUCACUGUUUGCGUCAACCACAUAAGCAUAUUUCUGCACCGUCUAGUGUGUUUCAAGUGCUGCACGUUUUCGUUGGGCUGAAUGCAUCGCAUCUGCUGUGCU